GACGCAAAGAAAAGCAACUCUGACACCGGCUCUACGUCACAUCGUACAACUCUGACGUCAUGCCCACCCCUAGUGACGAGGCGAGCACAUGGAGGAGCCGGAGUUUCCUUUACCGCGCCUCGCUGGUGGCGCUGAUGGCUGGAAUUCCAGUCCACCUGGUGGCCAUCCUGCUGCCCUUCUGGCUAGAGUUCCAGCACAAGCAGCAACAAGAGGAGAGAGUCGUCUCCGCCAGUUUCGGCUUAUGGCAGGUGUGUCUGCUGUCUCAGUGCUACAGCGUGAACAGCAUUGAAACGAGACCAGUUGGGGCCUGGCUGGUCAGCGUGAAGAUUCUGAUGCUGGGCGCCUUCCUGCUGCACUCGAUGGCCGUGGUGGCGGGGACACUGCAGAACUUCAUGUCCCGCAGGCGCAUCAGACAGUGGUCCUCCGUCUUGUGUCAGCGCCUGGUCCACAGAGACAGCGAGGUCACCGAGGACGUGGGUUUCCUCGCAGGUUUCUUUGGCCAGGCAGCACACAUCGUCUUCAUUUUGUGCGUUAAAGAGGAGCUGUCAGACAGCGCCAAGCUCUCCUGGGGAUUCGGCUUCGGUUUCCUCGCCACCGGCACGGCCGCCGUGUCCUCCCUGGCGAUGACCAAGGCCCACUCGCGUCCCCUGCCCCGGCUGCAGCCGCCGUCAGCGUCAGAGGAACGUCAGACAGCGGACGUGCCGCUCUCCAACGUCGACACCGCGAGGGGCGCCGCCAGUUCGCCGCGCGCGUCAGGACAACCUCAACCUCGCGCACCCCGCGACCGCAGGUCCCGAGAAGCAGUCGGGUACUUGUGAACAAGAGGGUGUGGCGUGUCGUCACACUCCACAGCAUUGACGUGUGAAAAAUAGUGGUGGAGUGGUUGGGGGUAGGGGUA